AUGGAAUACUCAUGUCGACAUGGUAUUGAAAAAGGCAAAUUCUCGCUUAUACGCAUUGCGUCUGUUAAAAAGGCUGGUCUCCAAGCAUCUGACAUCGUCCAAAUAUAUAUCUCAUUCAUCAGAUCCAGAAUUGAAUAUGCAUCCCCUGUAUGGUCGUCAAUACCUAAAUCAUUAUCUGACAUUCUCGAAUCUGUUCAAAAGAGAGCAUUGAGAAUAGCUUAUCCAGAUCUGUUAUAUGAUGAAGCCCUUGAAAUUUCAAACUUACAGUAUCUGAGUACUCGUAGAGACAUCUCUUGCAAGAAAUUCGUCGAAUCUCUGCGACGUGAUGUUUCACCCUACAACCCUUUGACCCAAAUUAUGGAAAUUCGUCCCGGGGUAAAAACUCAUGAUUAUGACUUAAGGAAUGACAGAACGGCCGAACAACCUUUAUGGUCAGAAACCACUGAACGGUUAAAAAACUUCGUGACUAGGAAAUAUUAUUAG